UAAAUGUUUAAUGCAAUAAAACGAAAAAGGACUAUUAAUGAGAAGCAUUAUUUGUUGUUCAAAGUAAUUCAAUCUUAAUUCAAAAGGAAAAUAAGAAAUAAGCUGAAAUAUUUAACCAGAGAAUUUUUAGACUUUAAGAGAUAUUUAACAUAUUUGAUUAGAGAAGGUGAUUUAGAAAAACUAAAGCAUUUAGAAACUAUUUGGCUAUAAUACAAAACAAAUGAGAUUUCGGCAUAUGUUUAAAGUUUUCAUUGGCAAAGGAAAUUUUGCUAGUGUAAAUUUUAUUGAA